AUGGGCCACGGUGAGCGCGAGGCGCCGGCACAGGAGCGGACCAAUCAUGUUACGUUCGUCGACGGAGACGGCGGCUCGGAAGAUGGCGACGAGGACGGCAAGCCCGUCGAGGUGACGUUUGAGCCGGGCAAUUCCCACCGCCGCAAGAGCUCGCUUGUCUCGUCAGAGGCCGCCACGUUGCGCAUCCAGCGCUCCUCCCGCCGCGACCAGUGCAUCGUCCACCAGUUCCUCGAGUCCCGGGCCAAGGGCGCCGCUGGCAAUGGAAGCGGCCCUGCAUCCCGCGCCCACUCGUCCAACCCAAGCCCGACCCGCGAUCACGGCGUCGAAAACACAGGCGACCGCCGCGCCGCCGACCCCCUGGUCGAGUCCAACGGCCAGGAGAGCCAGCCGCACCGGUGUCGCGCCUUGCUCGAUCCGGCCAGCCUGGACGCGGCGCGUGUCGGACAGGCAGACCAGCAGGCGUGGACGCGCGAGAUGACGGGCAACAUGUCGGACUCGGACCUCGCCCAGCAGUACGACGUGGUCCACAGCCGCAUGUUGACCAAGAAGCAGCUGAGCGACAUGGCCUGGGGCGUGCGCGAGCUGAGCAGGCGGCUGAGCAGCAUGCGCAUCCGCAUCCGCGUCAAGACCAUCUUCAUCCUCACAAAGGUCUACGACCAAGACCUGAUCGUCGUGACGAGGGAGCUGACGCGCUGGCUCCUCGACAAGGGCCGCCCGGUCCCGUUUGUCGUCUACGUGCAGGACAAGCUGCGCACCAACAAGAAGUUUGACGGGGCCGACGUCGAGACGACCCGCCACGCCCUCGAGCGCCGGCUGCGGUACUGGGACGAGGACAUGUGCCGGUCGCGGCCGCACACGUUCGACUUUGUCAUCACGCUCGGGGGCGACGGCACCGUCCUCUACGCCAGCUGGCUCUUCCAGCGCAUUGUGCCCCCCGUCCUGAGCUUUGCCCUCGGCAGCCUCGGCUUCCUGACCAAGUUUGACUUUGACGACUUUGUGCCGACGCUCAACGCGGCCUUUGACAGGGGCGUCACGGUCAGCCUGCGGCUGCGCUUCGAGAGCACCGUCAUGAGGAGCAUCCGGCGCAAAGGCUCCGACGACGGCAAGGGGUCCGAGGAGGACGAGGACGAGGCGCACGGCAAGAGGGACCUGGUGGAGGAGCUGAUUGGCGAGGAGCGAGAGGACGCGCACACCCACCGGCCGGACGGGGCGUACGAGAUUCUCAACGAGGUGGUGGUGGAUCGCGGGCCGAAUCCGACCAUGUCGUACACGGAAGUGUUUGGCGACGACGAGCACUUCACGUCGGUGCUGGCCGACGGCAUCUGCGUGUCGACGCCGACGGGCUCGACGGCCUACAACCUGGCGGCGGGCGGGUCGCUAUGCCACCCGGAGAACCCCGUGAUGCUGCUGACGUCCAUCUGCGCGCACACGCUGUCCUUUCGGCCCAUCAUCCUGCCCGACACGAUUGUGCUGCGGGUCGGCGUGCCGUACGACGCGCGCACGUCAUCCUGGGCGAGCUUUGACGGGCGCGAGCGCGUCGAGCUGCGGCCCGGCGACUACGUCACCAUCAGCGCCAGCCGGUACCCGUUUGCGUCGGUGCAGGCCGAGGGCAGGCGCAGCGAGGACUGGAUCAACAGCAUCAGCGGCAAGCUGGGCUGGAACACGAGGCAGAAGCAGAAGGGGUACAAGGAAUGGGCGGACUGA